AUGGCCGAUUUUGCGGUCGAGUUACCAUGGGAGGAAGAGUACCCCCGGGCAUGGACCUUGUAUGUGGACGGAUCAUCCGAGCGGUCCGGGGGAGGAGCAGGAAUUGUUCUGGAAGGACCAGAUGGUUUCGUGGUUGAACAGGCGAUCAUCUUCCGGUUCAAGAUAAGCAAUAACCAGGCUGAAUAUGAAGUAGUGGUAGCUGGCCUCGAAUUGGCUAAGGAUUUAGGGGCAGUGUCGGUCAAAUGCCGGACGGAUUCCCAAUUGGUGGUGGGACAACUGAAUGAAAGCUUCCAAACCAAGGACGAUCAGUUGCUUCGCUAUUAUCAUAAGGUAAAGGAAUUGGUAAAGCAAUUCCGGGUGGUGGAAUUCAAACAUGUGCCUAGAGAGCAGAACGUGAGGGCGGAUGUCUUAUCCAAACUUGCCAAUUAUAAAGGGAAGGACCACUUGUUGUCGGUCAUAAGGCAAGUUAUGAUGAGUCCUUCGGUGGAGUGCCUGGCGGUUCAUGAAGUUUCCAGUAAACCUGAUUGGAGGAAGGAUAUCAAAGAGAAUAUUCAGAAGCAGGAGAGCGGCUUGCGCGUCCGAGCAGUCGAGGCCAAGAAAGACGCUCGAUUCUUACUGAUAGGGGAGGAUCUUUACAAAAGAGGGUUCUCUUUACCCUUGUUAAAAUGUGUGGCCGUGGAGGAGGCCGAAUAUGUUAUGAGGGAGCUACACGAGGAAGCAUGUGGGAUGCACACCGGAGAAUUCGUGCAGAAAUGUUUGAAGUGUCAGGAGCAUGGCAAGAAUCUCAACCUGCCGCUGGUAGAAUUGCACAGUCUAGUGUCUCCUUGGCCGUUCGCGCGGUGGGGAAUAGACAUUGUUAGGCCCUUUCCAGUGGGCCGAGCUCAAAAGAAAUUCCUGUUAAUAGCAAUUGAUUACUUUACUAAGUGGGUGGAAGCAGAGCCACUCGGAACAAUUACGGCAGCAAGGGUUCAAAAGUUUGUGUGGACGCUCAUAUGCAGAUUUGGAAUUCCCAAAGUCAUAGUUACAGACAACGGGCGACAGUUCAUUGAUAAAGGCUUGGGGGACUUCUACAAAAAGUUGGGAGUUAAGCAAGUAACGAGCUCGGUGGAGCAUCCACAGACGAACGGACAGGUAGAAGCGGCCAACAAAGUUAUUGUUGCGGAACUAAAGAAAAGGUUGGGAGAUGCUAAGGGAGCCUGGAUGGAUGAGCUUCAGGAAGUCCUUUGGGGGUACCGUUGCACACCGCACGAUACCACUGGAGAAACCCCUUUCAACCUUACAUAUGGAAUGGACGCUAUGCUACCAGUCGAAGUAGGGAAACCUACCAUUAGAAGGAGAAUUCAAAAUUUGCAAGAUAACAGUGAUGAGCUUCGAGUGGAGCUAGACACCUUGGACGAACGAAGAGAGGUGGCAAUGAUCCGAGCGGAGGCGCGGAAAAGGCCUCUUGCGAGACGUUACAACACCAAGGUCAGACCUCGACAAUUUGUUGAAGGAGACCUCGUGUGGAGAAAAACGACUGAAGCCGACGAAACCGAUCGGCGGGAAAAUUAG